GAAGGGGGCGCUUGCCACUGGGUUGCCAGACGCGGCUUGUAAUCCUGAAAUAAACCUUUGGGUGUAUAUGCUCGGAUCGUCGCAUAUUCCGCACCGAUUCUUGUUGGGUUGAGAAAAAAACGUAAAAAAUGUAACACACGCACGAUGUUGAACUAAAAUAGCAAGAUGGCGUUUCCAUAAGAAUAUUGCGGUCCAGUUUUGCAGGGGAGGACAUGGCUGGGAUCAUUCUAACUCGGUCCAUCUCACGGUCACUAUUGCCUGCAAGCAAGCACGUCAAGACCAAAGGACUGACCAGACAAUACUGGACUCUUCGCAGGAAGCCCCUUCUCACAGGUGGAAGAACGGCUACUUUGCUUUUGUCGUUGCCGGCCUUAUCUUUCCUGGGAAGCAAAACGUACAGGAGGCUGCAUGUGGUCCAUGCUCUGGACAAAGCCGAAGAGGACUUGGAGCAAGCCGACUACCUGUACAGCUGUGGAGACACGGAGAAGCUUCACCAGCUGCUGCUGCCGUACAAGGACAGCGAGGACGCCGAGCUGCUGUGGAGGCUGGCCCGCACCUCCCGGGACCUGGGCCAGCUCUCCACGGUCGCCCCCGGCGACAAGAAGCGGCUGGCGUACGAGGCCUUCGAGUACGCCAAGAGAGCGCUGGAGAAGGACGACGCCUGCUUCGCCGCUCACAAGUGGUAUGCGGUGUGUUUAAGUGAUAUUGGCGAGUAUGAAGGGAUCAAAGUAAAAAUAGGAAAUUCCUACAUCAUAAAAGAACAUUUAGAGAGAGCAAUUGAGUUGAACCCAAAAGACGCAACUUCCUUCCACAUCCUGGGGUAUUGGUGUUUUGCCUUUGCCGAGUUGCCAUGGUAUCAGCGCAAAGUUGCCGCCAUGAUCUUUGCGUCGCCGCCCACUGCCACGUAUGAAGAGGCUUUGGAGUUCUUUCUGAAAGCAGAAGAAGUGGAUCCAAACUUCUACAGCAUGAACCUGCUGAUGUUGGGGAAGACAUACCUGAUGCUGGGGGAGAGGGACAAGGCCAUUCACUGGCUCAGCAAGUCCAGGGACUACCCUGCCCACAACGAGGAGGACCGGGAGGUCCACAAGCAGGCCCUUGAUCUCCUGAAGAAGAUAAACGGAUGAAGGUACGGAUGGGUGUCGCUACGACAAUCACUGUGAGCACCUGGAGUUCUGAGGCAUCACGGAAAGGGUCUCGAGGAACAGCAACUUCGAACAAACUGUUUAGUAUUCACCGCAGAGGACUGGUACCACACUGAACCAUUGGUCUCUUCUGAAGCAUGGGGAAGAGACACUAAAUACUGGCAUUAUAUCUAUUAGUGUAACUGAGCAUCACGUAUGCUGUGACACAUUUUCUAGAAGUACUCUAUGAUGCUGCGAUAACACUUUCAUAGUGCUAAUAACCAGGCCAUGAAUGUUUUAGCAUGAUUUAGGGAAUAUAGCAUUAACCCCAAAUUUUAACUCGUUUCAUUUUAAUGACUUCAUUUAAAACAUUUUAUUUUUUCAAUUCAGAAUACUGUAUAGUGGUUAACAAACUUUGCAAGUCCUGUGCAACUUGAAUAAAAUCUUUUUAAUUGUAUAUAUCGUA